AUGUUUCGCUCACUACUGGCGAUCACUGGCAGGCGCCCGAAAUACAUCUUUCCUGAAGUCGAUCCGAAGGUCGACGGAGACGACUGCCGCACCGACUGCAAUGACUGCACCGUGAAAUGUCCCAAAAACGUCAAGAUUGACACCACACUUCCGAUAAUGAUCCGGAAGGUCGACCAAGAGGAUGGAAGUUUAAUGGAGGCAUUCAAAUCGGACGCAAAGUCCAAGCAUGGUCGUCUCAUGAUCUCCGUGUCCAACCUCACUCCACCGGGUGGAGAGGUGCCUGAUACCUCUAAGACAACAGUCCUCCUACUGCCAUCGUUUACCUUUGUGGAUAAUGUUUCUUACUCGGAUGCCCAGAGCGUGGUCGAAACGUUCAUUGACGUGCCACCGGGUAAUUCAACCCAAUCCAUCAGCAGUCCACGAUUGACCUCCCGACCAUGUCCACAUGACUAUGUAGUCCUGCUGUGCUCGCAUAAGCGGCGUGAUGCGCGCUGUGGAAUUACCGCACCGUUGAUCAAAAAAGAGAUGGAGCGACAUCUGCGCGGACAUGAUCUUUACCGAGAUAUGGAUGAUGAACGACCUGGCGGUGUGGGAAUUUACAUCGUCUCCCACGUUGGGGGUCACAAGUUCUCUGCAAACGUGUUGAUCUAUCGGAAGAAAGAACAGCAGAUGAUCUGGUUGGCUAGGGUCAAGCCGGAGCAUUGCGAGGGGAUUGUGAAUUACACAAUCCUGGAAGGGCUGGGUAGGCGGCCCGACCUUAAUCCGGUACAGUAG